AUGGCGACACCCGUAGUGGAUGCAAAGUAUUUGAAGGAAAUUGAGAAAGCUCGCAGGGAUCUUCGGGCUCUUAUCUCCACCAAGAAUUGUGCUCCUAUCAUGCUUCGUUUGGCGUGGCUUGAUGCUGGAACAUACGACGUGAAAACAAAGACAGGAGGCCCAAACGGCUCCAUCAGGAACCGAAAAGAUUUGAGUCAUCCAGCAAACACCGGUUUGAAAAUGGCUCUUGAUCUUUGUGAGAAUGUGAAGGCCAAACAUAAAAUUAUUACAUACGCAGACCUUUAUCAGCUAGCUGGAGUUGUUGCAGUAGAGGUAACUGGAGGUCCAUCUAUAGACUUUGUUCCUGGUAGAAAGGAUUCAAAUCAACCUCCAGAAGAAGGACGUCAUCCAGAUGCCAAACAAGGUGCAUCACACUUAAGAAACAUAUUCUAUCGCAUGGGUCUAUCUGACAAGGACAUUGUGGCGCUCUCUGGAGGCCACACUUUGGGAAAAGCUCAUCGGGAAAGAUCAGGCUUUGAAGGGCCAUGGACAGAAGACCCUUUGAAGUUCGACAACUCAUACUAUGUGGAACUUUUGAAAGGGGAAUCAAAAGGGCUAUUGAAACUUCCCACUGACAAGUCUUUAGUUGAGGAUCCUGAUUUUCGUCGCUAUGUUGAACGUUAUGCAGAGGAUGAGGAUGCAUUCUUUGAAGAUUACGCAGCCUCACACAAGAAGCUCUCGGAGCUAGGCUUCACGCCCCUGACCGCGGAAAAAAGUAACAGACUGAAGUCGAUGCAAAAUGCAGUCGGAGUUCUCGCCGCCGUUAGUGUCGCCAUAGUUGUGGCUAUUCUCCUUAAAGGAUCAUACACUAGGAAGUAGGGACAUGUAAGAGGGCAGUAACACACUUACAAUGUUAUUACUACCUAUUUUUGUACAAGAAUA